AUGGCAAUGACCGCUCGGGCGCAUACACCUGUGCAGGAUGCAUAUCGUCCGCUGUCACCACCAACCGAAUCCGUUCUCUUAAAUCGAGGCUACAGCCUGCGCUCCGGCUCCAGACCCAACUCCUUUGUGGCCAGCAAUUCCGGCUACAACUACGCUCACGGUGCUGUUGUCGACCCUCCUCCAAACGUUCACAAUCCUCGCUUUCAUGAGGAGUUUGACGCGGCUAGUCAGCGUGGUUCUGUCGUGCUCGAUGGACCGUCAACUUCUGGUGUACAACGUUCCGCGUCGCAGAUGUCACAUUCCCGUUCAGCGACUCCAACACGAUCCACUACUUUGAAGAAGAAAUCGUCGCUCAGCAAGAAAGGCAGUAUGCGUCGCAGCGGAAGUCGCCGGAGCCUACGCGCAGGCAGUGUGAGGAGUCUGGUGUUGGGUGAUAAGGAAAAGUAUGGCGUCGAUGGCGCGGAUGAUCAGCACAGUGCUUUUUAUGUCCCGAUCCCGACGAACGGGAACCCGACUGAGGUCAUGGCGCAACGCUUUCAAGCUUGGCGCAAGGUCUUGAAAGACCUCAUCGUCUUUUUCAAGGAAGUCCAGAAGUCCUACGAAACCCGGUCUAAGCUCUACCUGUCGGCGUCGAAUGUAGUAAAUAACGCUUCGCUCCCUCCGACAUUUCUCAAAUCUGGUGGCCUCGCCGAUGCAACCGACAUUUUGCGCGAUUUUCACCGUCAAGGCUACCUAGAAGCGAAUAAGGCUGCCGAGGUGGAGAGCGAAGUCGUUAACCAGCUCAUGGGCCUUCGCAACGACCUGCAAAAGAAGACCAAAGAAAUCAAGAGCCUUCAAGGUGAUUUCCGGAACUCCGUCGACAAAGAAGUCGAGAACACGCGCAAGACGGUUCGCCAACUGCACGAAGCGCUAGGUCUGGUCGAUACCGACCCGUCUGCUACAUCAGGCAAAGGAGACCCGUUCAUUAUUCGUUUGGGCGUCGACAGACAGAUUGAGAAGCAGAUUGAGGAGGAAAAUUACCUCCACCGUGCAUUCCUAAACCUGGAAAACUCCGGUCGCGAACUUGAAUCGAUUGUCGUCAGUGAGAUACAAAAGGCGUACAAUGCGUAUGCCAGUAUCCUCAAGCGAGAAGCCGAUGAGGCCUAUGACACCGUGGAGAAGCUCCGGACUGGACCCAUAUCCAUGCCUCAUGAUCACGAAUGGAACCACUUCAUCGCCAAUACCGACGAACUCGUCGAUCCCCGCGUUUCUCUCCGGAACGUGGAGAACAUCACCUACCCUGGCAAGGAUCAUCCGGCUGCGGCUGAAGUUCGAUCCGGCAUGCUGGAGCGAAAGAGCAAGUAUCUGAAGAGCUAUACACCCGGCUGGUAUGUCUUGUCACCAACUCAUCUACACGAGUUCAAGUCUGCCGAUCGGGUAGCAUGGCAGACACCAGUGAUGUCACUGUACCUACCGGAGCAAAAAUUAGGAUCACACUCGCAGCCGGACUCGACGUCGCACAAGUUCAUGCUCAAAGGGCGACAAACCGGUCCCAUGCAUCGUGGUCACUCGUGGGUUUUCCGCGCGGAAUCACACGAGACCAUGAUGGCGUGGUACGAAGACAUCGAAAGCUUGAUCUCAAAGACUGGCGAAGCACGUAAUGCAUACGUUAGGCGACACGUCCGCACUGUGAGUGGCGCGAGUGCUCGGACCAGCAUUGAUCUGGAUGAAGACGAGGCCGAUCGCACACCGUAUGCAGCGGAGGCGGUCGUGUUAAACCAGGAGCGGCCGACGUCUGCGCCUCGCGAGCCUGGUGGCCGUUUCCCGAGUGACGUGCAGAUUGAUCGCCACCUGCAAGCCCCACUGUCUCCAUCCAGCGGUGAGAGUUCCGGCGGGCACGACCUGUUUGCCGCUGCAGGGUCCCUACCCGACGGAGUUUCUUUUGCGGAUGGGAAUCGUUCUAUCUCGGGAGGGGAUGGUAGCCAAACUCGAAACGCGGUCGGAGAACACGAUGGGAACUACGGGCUCUCAAACCCAGAGCGAAAUGAAAGAUAUCAUGCCGGUUGGAUGGGACCAGCUGACAUUGUCGCUCGUCAGAAGCAACAGGAACAGGUUAACGCUCUGGGCAACCAAAGAGACAAUCUGGGUUCCGACAGAUCGAGCGACGUACAUCCCAUGCUGUUCGCCGGGAUGGGCUCUACGAGUUCCCGCGACCCUUCACUGAAUCGGCAGAGAAACAGGCGCGAGAGCGGAUCCACUGCCCCGACCACGACGAACAUCACCGAUCGCACGCACAAUACCGUCCCAACCUCGAUUGACGGGGAUCAUGAAACUUCCAUGAUCGAAGGUAAUGGUGUCGGCCACCAGCUCCGUGAGAGCCUAAAAAAUGAGCGAGCCCCAUCCAACAUGAGCAGCCCUGCAGCAACGCCGUUGUCUGAAGUUACUUCGGAAGGAGCCUACGGCUCCUAUAUAACGAAGUCCGAAGGUGAUGCAAGGCGAUCUAAACCAAGUGUGUCUGCGCUUGAGCUACAGAUUCCAGGCCACUACCCACCCGCAAAUCAUAUACCUGCGUGA